AAAUAGAAACCUAGUCCAAACAAUCUCUGUAAAAUAAUGCUUUAAAACUGGGAAAUAAUGCAAACGCUGGGAAAAGUAACAGGUAUCACGUGACGUGUCGGGUCUCGUUGCCUUGCGCGUGGCUGUGGCGUCAAGCUCUUUUAUUUAUGAUUAUCUGUAAUUUAAACAUCUGCUGGACAUCUCUUUUGGUCCUCCUGACCCUUGUAAUAUUGUUUGCAAUGUCUUCAGACGCCGAUGAAAAAUAUGUGUCUGUAGAUUUUGAGGUAUUCGGGAAUGUUCAGGGUGUUUGCUUCAGAAUGUAUACAGAAGAAGAGGGGAAGAAUCUGGGCGUCACAGGCUGGGUGAAGAACACUAGACAGGGCACUGUGGUCGGACAGGUGCAGGGACCGCCAGAGAAAGUGAACGAAAUGUGA